AUGUCAGGAUUCGCAGAUCAACUACUGUUCAUCCUCCUUCUCGUGUCUGUCUCCUUGUCGCCGCCGGUCAGGUGUUUAGGUGAUGGUGCAAAUGGAAAAGAGAGAACAUUGGCUAUGAUAAAGCCAGAUGGAGUCUCUGGUAACUACACCGAAGAAAUCAAAAGGAUUAUUGUUGAGUCCAGUUUCAGUAUCGUCAGGGAGAUGCUUACUCAGCUUGACAAUGAGAAAGCGUCUGCGUUUUACGACGAGCACUCGUCAAGGAGCUUUUUCCCAGAUCUUGUUACAUACAUGACAAGUGGUCCAGUGUUGGUGAUGGUGUUGGAGAAGAGAGACGCUGUUUCUGAUUGGCGUGGUUUAAUCGGCCCAACGGAUGCGCAAAAGGCUAAGAUUUCUCACCCUCACAGCAUCAGAGCAUUGUGUGGAAAGGACUCGCAAAGUAACUGUGUGCACGGCUCCGAUUCAACAUCGUCAGCUGAAAGAGAGAUCAAGUUUUUCUUCGAUGAUGUGCUUUCAGGUGACAUUGCUUCACAACAUGAUGAACUAUAA